CGCGCGCCGUCCCUGCUCGCACCGCACUCUGCACCAGCACCAGCAGCACCAGCACCAGCAGCAGCACCAGCAGCAGCAGCCCCGCGAUUAACUCGGCAGGGCAGCUCAGCAGCGACGCUCGCGGUGUUCCAACAGAUUCGAAACUUCCAUCUCCUGCGCGUUCUACAUCUCGAUCGGCCAUGGGAGGGGACUGGACCUACGGGCUGUUCGGCUGCUUCGGGAACUGCGGCAUGUGCCUGCAGACGUACUUCUGCCCGUGCAUCCUGGCCGGGCACAACGCCGAGGACACGGGCCAGGGCAGCUGCUGCCUCUGCGGCGCCGCCUUCUUCGUCUACUGCCUGGGCUGGUGGUUCGUGGCGCAGAGUCGAACCAAGACGCGCGAGAUGCGCGGCAUAGACGGCUCCUUCUGCAUGGACCUCGUCUACUCCCUCUUCUGCCCGUGCUGCGUCAUCAUCCAGACAGCGAGGGAGCUGAAGGAAGCACCGGGUGCACAGAACAUGCACAGAUCCUAGAUGGAGUGACACCCAGCGCCCUCUCCCACACCCAGCAUCUCGUUCGCAGCACUCGAUCUCCUGCAACACUCGCACACCCAUCACUCCCCUCCUUGCGCCCAGCACUCCCUGGCCCGCACCCUGCACGGUAACAUCUCCCAGGGGAGGAAGCAGGGCAUGGUCCCCGACUGAAGAUUCCAUCAACAUCCACAACUGCCCUCCCUGUCCCUGAGCAGCAACUGUGUAAUAAUCGGUGAGAUCCCAGCGCCCCCAACACGCCAGGAAACAAUACUCGCAUUGGCCCCCGAGCCGCACGCAACGACCAGGACCGGUUCCGAUAUCCCUCGCCACUGAUGUUAGCCGUGCCUGGGACUUAAAUUGAGGUCGCCGGGUUUGAGCGCAGCGUGCCAACCAUGGGGGGGGGGGGCUCCCCGUUAUGCGCAACGGACAGUCGCUGCAUCUCCCUCGCUUGUGCUUGACGGUGGUGUGUGUGUGUUUGUGUUGAGAGGUGUGUGUGCGCUUGAGUGUUUUGCGUGUUUGAGAGGUGUUUUUGUGGUUUUUUAAAACGAUCAUUUGCUCCGUGGUUUUGUCCGUGUGCCUUUUUAAUUGCACACGGUUCAUGGGUCCCAAUAAAAUAAAAGGUGUGUUCCCCGACA